GUUGACGUCACUGGGUUCCCCCCUCGUCGUGUUCGCCUCUCUUUGCGCCUGCGCUUUUCUUCCCUACGACCACAGUCGAGUCUAGGACACAAACAGCAGCAGCUGUCCUCUUGUCUCCUGCUUGUCUCAUGGAGUACGGGACAUUUCACAGGCAUUGGGUUUGUGAGUUCACUGGAUGUCAGCACCCUCAGGGGUUGGGAGAGCCUGUGUAAAAUCAAGACCAAAACCCAAUACGACAGUUGAAGCUUCCAACUAGCACCUACACCUACGACCACUCUCGUGUUCUGCCAGAGCACCAAAUAGCUCAUUCUAAAAACACUAUUGCAGAGCUUAAUGCCAACAUGGAAGGCGUAGCAGUGGACAACCUAAUAGACUUUGACCUGUCCUCAGAGGCCACAGCUCUAAGCAAAGAUGGAAGCCAACACCAAGGCCAUACAGACAUUUUCUCACCAGAGCAGGCACCUGCCUUGGGAGUCCACCAGCAACCCUUACUGCCAGAGCCCCUAGCACCAAAUAAGCCCAGCACUCGCCACCAAGAGAAAAGAGACAAUGACAGCGAUGCUACAGAGUCAGCAGACAGCGACAACGACAUGGACCCGCCAUCUCAUAUGUGGGAGCUGAGGAGGUCGUCCUCUUCGUCCACUCACAGUGGAGAAGACGCCGACACUAAGGUGGUGGAGAGGAGGCAGUUCAUGAAGGCUUACGUGGAGAAGGUGUUUCACGGAAAGGAGGACUUUGACCAGGAAGAGAAGGCCCAUUUUGGAGAGCUGUGCAGUGGAGAGAAUGGCAAAGGCAGGGAGUGGUUUGCCAAAUACGUCAGCGCACAGCGCUGCCGCUCCAAAUGUGUGAGUGAAGCCACCUUCUACAGACUGGUGCAGUCGUUUGCAGUUGCACUGUUUGAAUGUUAUCAGAUGGAUGACUACAGCCCAGCCAAAAACCUCAUGACUAUGUGCUUCACAUACUACUACAGUGGGAAGUCCCAGCCAUCUCCCUCGGAGCUGCUGGAUCGUGGCGGUCCUCCAGCUGGUUUGGACUCGUACAUCAACAAGGCCAACUCCUGGCUGUCUGUGAAGAAGGAUGCCGCUGAGCGCCUCCUCAAAACCACAUCUAAAACUGACGUCAAGGGCUUCUUUGGAGGCCUAGAAAGCAAGCUAAGGGGCUCAAUGGCUCCCAAGACUGAGGAUGGGGGAAGCCCGGUUGACACAAAGCCCAAAUCACUAGUGUCUGAGGCUCCAGAGGAAAAGAAAGGAGAGAAGGUGUACCUGUACACCCACCUGAAGCAGCAGCCCAUCUGGCACACUCUCAGAUUUUGGAACGCUGCGUUUUUUGAUGCCGUCCACUGUGAGAGGACGAAAAGAUCACCAACCACGAGGGGAACGCAGGAUGAGGAGAAAGACGAGAGGGAGAAGUGGUGUCACAUGACGCAGGAGGAGAGGGACGACAGCUCCAAAAUCGAUGAGAACAUCGCCUUUGGCCAGCUCGGGACAUUCACUCAUAACAUGCUGGCGUUUGGGCUCAGCAAGAAGCUCUGCAAUGACUUCCUGAAGAAGCAGGCGGUCAUUGGAAACCUGAAUGAAGAACAGUACAAGUUGCUGAGUGACCACAUAGAGAAAAUGGCAGCAGAGUGAGUUUGAUGACGACAGCAGCAUGUCACAGUGACCUCUCUGUUACACUGCUGAAAACCUCCGUCCCCAGCUGGACUCAGCCGUGCCAUAGUUGUAGAAAUCCCUCUUUAUCUAACUUGUCAGUGCUCCUCUGCACCCGUGUCAGCAAUAACACAACCUGAUCAGCUGGUGUAACUUGAACGUCUCUGAUCUGCUUGGCAAAAUUAGAAGCAUAAAGUGAAACCAUUCAGUACCACCUAAACACAGUCAGCAUGGUGUCGGACACUCUGGAUUUAUAAGUUACACACAUGAUGUCUACAUCCUUCAUGCUGUUUUGUUCUGUUUCCUUGGAAACAUUGGCACAUUUAUUACACAUUGGUGUAACACAUGUAACAGCAUCUGGUGUAAUAAUCAUCCUCCGGCCUUGUUACAUUUAACAUAGGUGUCUGCAGACAGUUCAGACCAGACUUGGAUGUACUGUAAGAGGACAUGUCACUAACAGCUCCGAGUGUUGUAAUGUGGUACCCGGGCAGUUUUCAAUCACAAAGUCACAUACAUGAAUUACUGAGUUCUGGUCUAUGCUUCCUGUAGUAUCCUAUUUUACACACAAAGACAACCGCUUUGAGCUAUGUUAGCCAUAUUACUAGCUUGACAGGCUAACUGUUUCCCUUGCUCCCAGACGUAUGCUAAGCUAAUUUUCUCGUCCUUUCAAAAAAGAAAAAAAGCAGCAAAGUCUUCCUACUGACUACGUACUCAGAGAAAUGCUACUACAUAUUUCAAUCCCAUUUUUGCCAAUUUUACCUACACAUUUAUAAUCUAAUGGUAUUCAUGUUAUGUUUUUUUAAUUAGAAACUUGAUUAUACCCAUGGGAUCUUUAGAAACUAUACUUAUCUUUUCAAAGUGCCUUCCAUGAAAGUUACUGUAUUUUAUCUUGAGAUGUUUAUUACCUAACACUAAUGCAGAGCCUGCAAUGAUCACUCUUUUACUCAUGCCCAGAUAAA